UCCUGCUGUCUGCCUCCCCACCAUGGCACCGUACUUCCUGAGGAACCUCGUCCCCCGUCGGGAAAAGCGCGAAUCGCAGCGCCCGCUCCUUCAGGUGCUCUCGGAGCUCACUGCCAUCCAAUGGGCCAUGUUCUUCUCGGGUUGGUUAGCAUGGACAUGCGACGCUAUUGAUUUCUUCUCCGUAUCACUCUCGGUCAAGCCGCUGUCCGAGCUUUUCGAACGCGACACGGAGGAUAUCACACAAGCGAUAACCCUGACGUUGCUCCUGCGAAGCGUCGGCGCCGUCUUGUUCGGUAUCAUCUCUGACCGUUUCGGUCGCAAGUGGCCGCUCGUCAUCAACCUCAUCGUCGUCGCCGUGCUCGAGCUGGGCGCCGGGUUCGUCAACUCCUACGAGGCCUUCCUCGGUGUCCGGUCCCUCUUCGGUAUCGGCAUGGGUGGCAUCUGGGGUUUGGCAGCAUCCACCGCCCUCGAGAACCUUCCUGUCGAGGCGCGUGGUCUUGGGUCGGGUAUCCUGCAGCAGGGCUACGCUGUCGGUUAUCUGCUCGCCGCUUGUAUCAACCUCGGCCUCGUCCCUGACGUUCCCGCGGGCUGGCGCGCCCUCUUCUGGACGGCGUCCGGCAUCUCGUUCUUCGCCGCCGCCGUCCGUGCCCUUCUCCCGGAGAGUGCCGUCUUUCUGCGCGCGAAGGAGGUCGAGCGGGCGAAGGGCAAGACGACGACGAACAAGACGAAGGUCUUCCUGCACGAGACAUGGGAGAUGCUGAAGACUCACUGGCUCCUCUGCAUCUACGCCGUCUUGCUCAUGACUGGCUUCAACUUCCUCUCGCACGGCUCUCAGGACUUGUACCCGACGUACCUCGAGGACUCUAAGGGCUUCACCACCCACCAAGCUACCGUCGCCACCAUUAUCGGCAACUGCGGUGCCAUCGCAGGUGGCGCUCUAGCUGGAUAUGUCUCUCAGUACAUUGGACGCCGGCUGACCAUUGUCAUCUUCGUCCUCAUGAUCGGAGCCUUCAUUCCCGUCUGGAUUCUGCCUGACAACUUCUCCGGGCUUGCCGCUGGCGCGUUCUGCAUGCAGUUCGGUGUGCAGGGUGCAUGGGGUGUCAUCCCGAUCCAGCUCUCGGAGAUGUCGCCGCCUGCGUUCCGUGCUACCUUCCCCGGUGUUGCCUACCAGCUCGGUAACAUGGUUUCAUCUGCGAGCUCGCAGAUCGAGGCGACUGGUGGCAAGAACAUGAGGACAACGCUCUUGGUGGAUGGCGAAUGGAAGGACAUCCCCGACUACGCGACCGUGCAGGGCAUCUUCAUCGGCUGCGUCGCCGCGUUCGUGCUCUUCAUCACCAUCAUUGGCCCCGAAAACCACGGAUCGCACUUCGAGCAGCACAAGCCUGCCUUUGAGGAGGGUGCCGGUCGCGACGACGCGAUGCUCGCCGACGAUGUGCCGCCGCGGCCGCAGGACCCGGCGACGAGGAGCAACGAGAAGGGCAGCGUGCAGGAAGAGGAGGUGGUCAUCGGCGAGAAGGCCUGAUGACGCUAGACGAGAGACGACGACUGCAUUACUGGAUACGAGCUGUGUACGACGCUUUGUACGUUAACGACGCCAUUGUACUUGUACCUAUACGCUUGCUUUGCACUGACCUACGCUUCCUACACAACAUUUUGCAUGCUUCA